UAAAUCAUUUGUAGCCAGUUCAGGAAAUCAAGUACGAUCUGAAACGGGAGGAGGCAGUUACAUUCGAAUAGAGGCUAUACUUUUUUACAUUUUUUUUUUUAACUACAUAUUAGUGAGAAGAGAGCACAGUGAGUGUGUAGGCUGAACAUGGCGUGGGAGACCUUCAAAGCAUUAAGGUUGUGUUGGCCUCAUUUGGCCCUGCUGCGAAGAUGUCCCCACCCACAUCCACAACUGUACAGAUCCUUCAGCUCACAAAGGCCAGGGAAGAGCCGAGGGUUGUUCAGGAAGAUGUCUCUGGGUGUGGCGGUGAGUGUUCCCGCGGUGGUGGGGGUCCAGUACGCCUUUGCGGAACCUCGAGAGAGACGGAAGAUGAAGAUCUUGGUGAAGGGAGUCGGUCGCUUCUGUAGGUCUAUAUAUGUAGGACUCUAUAUCUCAGUAGAUUAUUGGUGGACCUCCAAUGUGACAUUACGUUGCAUGGACGAGAGCAGCCCAUCAUUCGUGGCAGGGAUGUCAAUGUGCCACCAAAGGGCAGCAGACAGCAUGGUGGCGGGAGCGGUGCAGAACGGAGGGAUAUAUGUUAAACUUGGACAGGGACUGUGUGCUUUCAACCACCUGCUGCCUCCUGAGUACGUCAAGACACUGCAUGUCCUGGAGGAUAAGGCUCUUAACAGGAAAUACAAGGAGGUAGACUCUCUGUUCAGAGAGGACUUCAACACUACUCCAGACAGGAUGUUUAAGAAGUUUGACUAUGAGCCCAUCGCAGCAGCCAGUCUGGCUCAGGUCCACAAGGCAGAGCUGCAGGACGGGACUCCUGUAGCUGUCAAAGUGCAGUACAUAGACCUCAGGGAUCGGUUUGACGGUGACAUCAGGACUCUGGAGAUCCUACUGGACGUUAUAAAGUUCAUGCACCCCAGCUUUGGCUUCAGAUGGGUCCUCAAAGACUUGAAGGGGACAUUGGCUCAGGAGCUGGACUUUGAGAAUGAGGCCAGGAACUCUGAGAGGUGUGCAGAGGAACUAAAACACUUCAAAUUUGUCAUCGUGCCAAAGGUUUACUGGGACCAAACCAGCAAGAGAGUGUUGACUGCAGAGUUCUGUGAAGGCUGCAAAAUCAACAAUGUGGAAGAAAUCAAAAGACAAGGACUUAGCUUGAAAGAUACUGCUGACAAGCUGAUCCGUACGUUUGCAGAGCAGAUAUUUUACACAGGCUUCAUUCACGCUGACCCUCACCCCGGAAACGUGCUUGUGAGAAGAGGUCCGGACAAGAAGGCAGAGCUAGUACUGUUGGAUCAUGGUCUGUAUGAAUACCUCAGUGAAAUUGACAGGGUAGCGCUGUGUAAACUGUGGCGGUCCAUAGUCCUGAGAGACGACACUGCCAUGAAAAGGUACUCCAACAGCCUGGGGGUCAAAGACUACUUCAUCUUCUGUGAGAUGCUGCUGCAGCGGCCAAUCAACAUGCGGGAGCUGGGCCUGUCCAACAUCCUGAGUCGUGAAGAGACAUCCUAUAUGAGGGACAUGGCUGUCAAUCACUUUGACAACAUCAUGGUCGUUCUCAAGUCCAUGCCACGCCCCAUGCUGCUGGUGUUCAGGAACAUCAACACAGUCCGCAGCAUCAACAUCACACUGGGAGCUCCGGUAGACAGAUACUGUGUCAUGGCCAAGAGCGCUGUGCAAGGCUGGGGGCGGCUCUGGGCAGAGAGGCCGGGAGUUCUUCCCAGGUUCAGGGUGUUCCGAUGGGUGUGGACCUCCUGGGAGAGCCUCAAAUUCGAGUAUGCCCUGAGGUCAGAAAUGGUGACGAUGCGUCUGACACGAUACCUGCUAUACCUGUUGUCUUACUUUAAUCUCAUAUCGCUGGAUGAGGAAGUCGACCAAUACCUGAAGUAGAGGUUGAGACCCUGACCUCAGCUGCAUACCUGAGACUACUGACUCCCGAUUUAAUGCUCAAGAAAUGCACCCCGUUUGACAGGAAGAUAACUAAGUAGUUUAAUAUGAUAGUUGUCAGUUGGGCUUCUACAAUGGUGCUAUGCAUUUGACACAUCUACAGAACAUGCCAAAUCUGCAGACUUUAAAAUAUUUUUUUUGACUUGUGUCUUAGUCAGGACAGGGAAAAAGCACCAAGCCAAAGACUUGACUUGCCAGGAGCACUGUCUCAAUGCCUCCAAGGAGCACUGUCUCAAUGCCUCCAAGGAGCACUGUCUCAAUGCCUCCAAGGAGCACUGUCUCAAUGCCUCCAAGGAGCACUGUCUCAAUGCCUCCAAGGAGCACUGUCUCAAUGCCUCCAAGGAGCACUGUCUCAAUGCCUCCAAGGAGCACUGUCUCAAUGCCUCCAAGGAGCACUGUCUCAAUGCCUCCAAGGAAUGUCAACUGGCAUGACAUGAACACAAUUUAAUGAUUACAAAUGUAGAACCAUUUAUUUUGGUGGUUUAUUUGACCUCGUUCACUGGGGAUGAAUGAUUGCAGUAUGUGUAGGUAAAACGCCUGAAGUGAUUCCUUUUAGCCAAGAUUCUUGCUGUUGAGAAGGCUGACUUCUCAUUCAAGUCAGCUUGCAUCAAAUCUUAUUAAUAGCACAUGUUUAGUCACAACAUUCCAGAUUUUUAAAUCUUGUUGCAUUACCUGGAUAAUAGGGCUUAUAGAUGCUGAGAUUACUUUUACUGCAGACAUGUAGUUUGGGCAAGUCAAAUGUUCAUCCCUUUUGGAAAUAUUUGGUUAUCACUCAAGCACCCACCUAAAUGCAGCUGAAGAAAUACCUUUAAAAAUUGUAUUCUACUUUAAAUGAAGUGCCCUACCUCCCCUUGGAAUUCUUUCUCUUGUAAAUAAUGCAUUGAUGUCCAUGAUAGAUUUGCAUGUUACAGGUGCAGAUCUCAAAUUAUUUAAACCUAAAAGACCAAGCUGAUUAAAGCAGUGUACAAUCCACUUUUUUUAAUAAAGUUUACUUACAAAAUAUUUUGAGAAA